AUGUUCUCCGACCCAAUCCUUGAGCCAAACAUCCUCACCACCUUCCCAAAUGGCACCUGGGUCGAGAACCUCUCUGCUCGCGCAGCGGACGGCAAUUUCCUCGCAACUGUCCUCUCCGCACCAGAGGUCUACCUGCUCUCAUCGAGCGGUGAAUUUGAUCCGAUCCUUAUUGCCGAGUUCCCAGGCUAUCUUGGUGUGCUAGGCAUCGUCGAGCUCGGUCACGAUGUUUUCUAUGUUGCUGUCGGCAAUUACUCCACAACGGCCGGCACUUCGACUCCGGGAAGUUGGUCCGUUUGGGAGAUCGACCUUAACGGCCUUUCUCGCGGUGGCGAGGCUAAGCACCAUUGGCGCGAUUGGAAAAGAGAUGGACAAGCCAAGACUAAGCUCAUCGCAGAGCUCCCGGACGCCGGUCUUCUCAAUGGAGUGGCUGUCCUGAAUCCGACUGCCGGCACGAUCUUGGUGGGCGACUCACUAAAAGGUACCGUCUGGUCAGUGAACGUCCGCACAGGAGACGCCGCCGUCGUCAUCGACGACGAGAGUAUGGCGCCCGACGCAGACCUUUCUGGCGGGUUGGCAAUCGGUAUCAACGGUCUCAGUGUCAGCAACGGGUAUCUCUACUACGACAACACGAAUCAGGUCACCUUCUACCGUCUCCCUAUCAACGAGACAACAGGCUCUGCGUCGGGACCAACGGAGCUGCUCAUCGACCAGGAAUUCUCCAACAUCUUUCCCGAUGAUUUCGCCCUUGACUUUGAAGGCAAUGCUUGGUUGGCCUGUCAGUAUGGUCACGUCGCAUUUCUCGAAGGGGUGGCUGCUGGGGAACGUUUGAACAUCACAGCAGUGGCGGGAAAUGCCACAGGUCUCCCUCACGGCCUCACAGCGGCAAAGUUUGGGACGACCGCGGAGGAUCUGAAGCGCGGCUCUCUGUACGUUACCACGAACGGAGAUCCCUUCUCGUAUGGGUCGGACAACCCUGCGCAGGGUCAAUUCGUCAGAUACGACACUGCGGUGCUGGGUUUCUACUGA